AACGUUGUGAGCGCUUAAUUGGCCAAUCAGAAGCUUGAUGCCGACUGGUCGUGUUUCAGGGUGGCGUUGGGUGGCUCAUUUCUUCAGAGGCAAAUACAGUGUUGUUAUACAAGAUGCAAUUCAUGCUUCUCUUCAGUCGACAAGGCAAGCUCAGGCUUCAGAAGUGGUACGUGCCUUUGUCUGAUAAGGAGAAAAAGAAGAUCACCAGAGAGUUGGUGCAGACGGUCCUGGCUCGAAAGCCCAAAAUGUGCAGCUUUCUGGAGUGGAGAGACCUCAAGAUUGUAUAUAAGAGAUAUGCCAGCCUGUACUUCUGCUGUGCCAUAGAGGACCAGGACAAUGAGCUCAUCACACUGGAGAUCAUCCACAGAUAUGUGGAGCUGCUGGACAAAUACUUUGGAAGUGUUUGCGAGCUGGACAUUAUUUUCAACUUUGAGAAGGCUUACUUCAUUCUGGAUGAAUUCCUGCUGGGUGGGGAAGCUCAGGAGACAUCCAAAAAGAAUGUGUUGAAGGCCAUAGAGCAGGCUGACUUGCUACAGGAGGAUGCAGAGACCCCUCGCAGCGUACUGGAGGAAAUUGGACUGACAUAAACACGGUCCUCAUCAUUAUCCACUUGCCAGACACUUCUUCAUCUGCAGUGCGUAGCUGAUAACAACUCCCAAUUCACCUUCAAGCACACUCAAUUUCACACUCACACACUGUGUUCUAUAACUCUGCCUUUGUUUUCUACUUUUAUUCUGAGGCAAAUGAUGUAGCACUAUUUGGGUAUUUCCUACUGAGUUAUUUAUUUGUUAAAAGUGAUGAUGUUAACUUUUUUUAAGGAAAAACGCAGCAUUAUUAAGUUGUUUGUUUGGGGUUUUUUUUUUUGGUUUUUUGGGGUUUUUUUUUUGCUGCUUUCCAGUCCACGACAAGAUGCUCUACUGAGUGAUUUGCUUGAUAUCAAUUUGACCAAAGCUGAUGAGGUCACUCAACAUUUAUUUAAUGAACUUUAAUGAAAUUCCAAAUGUGUUAUUUAAUACCAUAUAUUUUGAAGGGAAGUCAAAGUAUUACAUAAACAAAACCAAAGAGUUCUGUUUCAUCUUGCCUUUGUUUCUUUAACACUGCAUAGUGAUUUUCAUGAACUAUGUGAAAUGUACUGUACACCACUGCACUCUGAAGUGAAAUGACUGUGGAUAAGGACAGAAAAUGUUGUGUGUAGUUAAAUUAGUAUUCUCUCUUUUUACAGGCUGUUAUCUGUCCCAUAGUCUGUCUAACUGUUUGGUCUAGUGGUUUCUAAUGGUAGGAUUCCACUUAAUGAUAAAUGCCUUAAUUGCUGACAGAUUUCCAUUCAUUUCAAAUGAAUAAUUCAGUUUGCAUGUGACUGCAGUGGAGUAAAUACACUGAGUUUAUUUUAUGCAUGUAUUGCGUGCAAUACCAAAAUCAACUGUAUCUUCUGCACAUUUAAUACUGUGCUUCUAUUCUGUGCUUUUAUUUUUGUUUUGGUGUGUAAAUCAAACAUGUUCCACUCACUUUAAAUUUCAAAUCAUUGUUUAGUCCAGGCUUAAUUUAAGAGAUGGGAUGUUUUCACUUAAAGCUGCACUGAUUAAUUUUUUGUCCACAAGGUGGCAGUAGAACCCCAACGCAAAUGGUUCGCCUUACAGCAAAACACACACACACACGUUUAGAUUCAUCUGAUAUUAUACUAAUUGAAAAAUACUGAUAAAUGCAGCUUUAACUGGAGAUCAGAGGUGUGAUAUGGGAGCAUAAUAUAAAUAACCAUUUCCCUCUUUGUAUAUACUCAGUGGUAAAUAGUGUUAAUAUUUACGAACAAACUUGUGCUAAUCAUACAGACCACGGACCGGUGUGACAUUUUAAAGCUGAGGGACUACUGCGACAACACAGUCUACUCUUUUAAAGCCGUUUCACUGUCUAGACAUUACUGCCAUACAUUGGUAGUGAGUUAAUACAAAACACAAAGAAUCUUUGGCCUCAGACAGCUGUGUGUGACUUAAUAUACAGCAUGUAAACUACCUAUUUACUACUGUGACAGGAAAUUAAAGUGCUAAGGCAACCAUGCAUAAAACAGCAAUAGUGUCAUAAACCAUAGCAGAGUAUUAAGAUCUUUAUUUGAGCCAAAACUAACUUGCCACACACAUAAAAUGCCUUGGACACAGGACUGUACAAAUCUCAUAAAAAUGCAUUCUUUCCAUAUUUGAUGUUCAUCUUGCAGUUAUAAAAUGUAUUUACUCUUAUCUGCUCACUCUCUUUUGGUUUCCAUUUUGCCACAUUUCCAUAUCACUGUCUGACAUGUUGUAAUAUUGAAUUCUCUUCCUGUUAUCACUUUUAUAUAACAUUAGCAAGUGAGCAUUUUCACGUAGAAUUUCUUCUGUAUGAUAUACUGUGACUGAGAGAAGCUAUGGCACUCUCUGCUGUGUAUUGGUGGGUACAGUAGUAACAGCAUGAGUGGAACCUGUGUUUUACAUUAUUGUGUUUACUUAGAGAGCAAACAGAGCAUACAUUGUGUCAUUUACUGCUGCAGUGUUUGAAAUGGAUUAAGGGAGGAAGGUUUUGUUUUCCUGUCAAGUUCAGCAAUAAAGAGUACACUCGUGGAAAAGAGGCUGUACUGUCACCAA